CUAUUCUAUGACACCGUCUUAAACAUCAAAUUAUAGCUUUCUAAUGAAAUAUAAGAAAUGAAUGAUGAAAACAUAAAACAAUCUAAGGAUAGUAAAUUAGAUAUCACACUCACACAAGCCAGACUUGAGCAUUUGACCAAAGAAUGCAAUGUUAAUGAACAACAGUCACAUGAAGCUAGUCAGUUGCUCUCAAGACAUGGCUCAAUGGCCGAGCUUAUCAAUAUUGCCAUGAUUGAAAAAGAAAGGAUUGAAAAGUGGGAGAGCUCGCAAAGUCAGGAGACCUUGAUAACCUGUAUAGAUAAAAGUACACAGGAACAAGAUAUUUUCCCUGCAAACCAUGUUGCUGCUAGAAUGAAAGUUCAUUCUACUCCGACUAAAAUUGCCUCGGUCGAGCAAACAAAUUAUGAUGAUCCUCUGACCCCGACUGCCAACCUGAGCGUCGUAAGCCAGGAUAUACGAGACAGAGAUGAAAAGAAGAAAGAUCUGUUUGUCAAUCGCACUUUCAAGGCAGAAGUCAUAGAUGAAAAACCUAUCUACAGUCGAAAAGAUAGGUCACUGGGACUUUUGUGUCAAAGGUUUUUAGCUUUGUUCCCCGAGAACCCGGAUGGGACUGUUGAAGUAUCAUUAGAUGAAGUUGCCAAAGAUCUACGUGUGGAAAGACGUCGAGUUUACGAUAUAGUUAACGUACUUGAAAGUGUCGAUGUGUUAAGUCGCUUGGCCAAGAAUCGUUAUCUUUGGCACGGGAAAUCAAAAAUAACUCAAACUCUUGCAAAUUUAAAGUUCCUCUCGAGGAAAAGUCUACAUCAGACGAUACAAGAGCGCGAAAAGGAAAACCUACAAAGCAUAGUGGAAACACCUGGAAAACAAAAGAUGAAACGAUUUUACAGUUUUGGGAACGAACCAAGUCCAAGUAGACAAUUCAAUGAACCUGCUUCCUGCUCUCAAGAGGAAGAACGUGCAAUGAUCAAAGCUGUAAUCGACAUGAUGGGCAACUGCAGAAAGGAAAAUUCACUGGGCGUUUUAAGUCAGAAAUUUCUGAUCAAAAUCCUCCUCUCAACGGGUGGUGUGGUGACCUUAGAAGAUGCUGCGACAGCUCUUUUUGAUCAACACGACGAGACGAAUGUCAAGGACAGAAAGCGCCGCCUCUACGAUGUUGCCAAUAUCUUGCAAAGUCUAAAGCUCAUAGAGAAAUUUCACAUACGAGGGGUAACUGGAAAGAAACCAGGAUUUAAGUGGAUCGGCAUAGAUAUCGAGAAUUUAUCAGAUAGCACAAUGGCCAGUAAAGACGUUGUGACCUACAAAACAAAGCAUUCCCUUCUACCAGAUACAAAUCAAAACAGGCAAGUCAAAAUUGGACGACGGCUAUUGUUGCCAAAACCCAGUCUUCCUUACCCAGCAACGUUUGCUCCCAGGUCACGAUGGAGGAAGUGUGCGUCGUUUGGAGCAUCGCUCGUGCGACAUUCAAGUUCCCAAAACGACUUGGAGAAAGACGAAGGAGGAUCGAAAGGAGCAGCUGAAAAGGAUGGCUUCGAAGUUCACGAGUUUGAAUCUUCUGGUCGUGACAUGGAUUUAUGUAGCCCCACAGAUAGAACAUUCCACGAAGAAUUGGGGAAAAUGUUUGAGAAAUACCCAAAACGCAUGUCGCAACUGCUGGCAAAUGUUCAGCCACAGUUCAGGCCAGCUAAUUUAAGCAGCAUCAACAUGUUAAGUAAAAGAAAGCUUUUCAACAAGAGCAAAUCGGACGCUGAAAGUUGCACGCAAUCAAACGUGAAACGUUUGCGAACGAAUUCUGACGGAAACUUCAACUCAUUUCGAAGGAAUAAUGAAGAGGAAGGAUGUAGAGGAGCUAAGGAAGAAGAUAACUGGGCAGGAAUGCAUUUGGGCAUACACAAAUCCUGACAUAACCGGGGUUAGGUAGACCCAGGAAAUCCAAACUGGUGGAUCAAAUGUAAGGCAGGGGCGGAUCUAGGCCAUGGCGAAAGUGGCUUGAGCCACGGUCAGAAUUCUGCCACUUAAGUUUUUCCAGGGUUGACUUUUUCAUGAUUAAAAAUUUUGCUCAAAUACAGCAAAAUUCGAUCAAAAGCAAAAAUUGAAUGAAUUUUGUAAUUUUUUGUCAAAAAUUUGUGUUAACAGAACAAAAACUUCAAAUUAAACGUCUUGUUAAAAUAGUAUUAUCAUCCAGUUAAACUCUGAAUUGUAAAAUCACCGAAAGCGUCUCGAAUCUUGCCGAAUACGCCAUGAAUAUGCUCGGAAUCAUUGAGCUCUAUAAGACCUGGAGGGGAAAAGGGGCCUGGACCCCGUGGUCAAAAACAUGGCGGUAAUGGCGGAUUUUGGUCAUUGAGUUCUAUAAUAAUAGUUGGGCAUUUUUAAUACCAAAUGUAGUUUUAGUGAGGUAUACACUCUGUUUGCCUUAUUUAUAAAUUUUGCCUUGCUGUGAUUUGUGCUCUAUUAAAUUUAUUACCAAUAGUUAUGAUUGAUUUUCUGAUAUUUUUUUCUAGUUGUUAUUUUGGCAUUCAGUUCUCAAGUGAGGAUUAUGUUGCAAGUGUCUUAUGUUAUGUAGUUUUAGUAGGUUGGAUUAGAUUUUAGUGGCUACUUGUUGCAGUAGCAUGUUAAACUUUGUUUAUUAAAUUCUAUUACGUUUUUA